AUGCAUAUAUUUGAGCAAAUCGAAGUGUUUUGCAGACCAGUGUUGUUACUUAAUGUUACUUAUUACUGCUAUUUACAGCAUCAGGAAGGCCAGGAAGAAUUAGUUGAACAGGAAAAGACAUCAGAUAUAACAAGUGACCGAGUACUUCGUCCUCGGUAUUUAAAAUUACCAUGGUCAGCUCGUAAUGCUCAAGGACGGCGCGUACAUGUACAGAUUGAGCGUCGAUCUCUUGAGAGCCUUUAUAUUAUAAUUAAAAUUGAAUUGAGUAUGUUACAGCAGCUUAAAUUCAAGGGAAAUAUAGAGGGGGAAAAUGGAGUGUUUAGAAGUAUAUUUGGAAGAUUUUCUGAUCUACCAUUUGGAGGUAUUUUAUCAGCAGAUGAAGCAGACACGUCAAAAACAGUACCUGAAGAAAUAGACCGCGAAGCAUUUAUUGAAGCAGGAAAUAAAGCAGAAAAACUGCGUGCCAAUAUGUUACAAACAGCUGAUAUGACAGCGACUUCAGUAACUGGGAUCCAGUCGGUUCAAUUUGGUAAUUUUGAGAUUGAUGCAUGGUACGUUUCGCCAUAUCCUGAAGAAUAUAGUCGAAACAGGGUGAUUUAUAUUUGUGAAUUUUGUUUAAAAUAUAUGAAUAGUGAAUAUGUUGCUUGGCGACAUAGGCUAAAAUGUCCAAUAAAAUGUCCUCCAGGUGAUGAGAUUUACCGAGAUGGAUCAUUGUCUGUGUUUGAAGUGGAUGGACGGAAAAGUCCGAUUUAUUGUCAGAAUCUUUGUCUUCUUGCAAAAAUGUUUUUACAAUCAAAAACAUUGUAUUAUGAUAUUGAGCCGUUUUUGUUUUAUAUUGUGACAGAAUAUGAUGAUGUAGGAUGCCAUUUCAUAGGUUAUUUUUCUAAAGAAAAACGAUCAAGUAGCGAUUAUAAUGUAUCUUGUAUACUAACACUUCCUAUUUACCAACGUAGAGGAUAUGGUAAUUUUUUAAUUGAGUUUAGUUAUCUUUUAAGUCAACGAGAGGGAAAAGUGGGAACACCAGAGAAACCUUUGUCAUAUUUAGGAUUAAUAUCAUAUCGGAAUUAUUGGAAAAUUAGGAUGUGUUAUGAAUUAUGCAACUUGAGAGAACCAAUUAGUAUCCAGGAAAUUUCUAAAAGAACAUCAAUGACGCCAGACGAUGUAAUUUCUGCAUUAGAAAGGUUGGAUGCAUUAGUACAUGAUCCUGUUUCAAAAAUGUUUGUAAUUCGAGUGGAUCAAAGUAAACUUCAAGACAUAUGUAAUAAAUGGAUACAAAAAGGAUAUCAAUCAGUAAAACCUAGUUGCUUAAAAUGGGUUCCAUUUCUUCAGGGUAAAAUAUCAGAUUUAAAAGAAUCGAUUAAAAUAUCAUCAUUAAAACCAGAAAAACAGAGUUAA